CCUCGCUGAUGUCCAGCACUGUAUGGUUCUGUCCUUCUGACAACUGCUCCACUUUGUUAGCGCCAUGCUCCGUGGGCACAAUGUAUGCCUUCCGUGGCCUUUCCCAUGUACAGUAGGGUCACGUAUGACAGCCCCGUCUUUAUGUGUGACCCUGGUGUGUUGUGUGAUACAGACGAGACUUUGGCCCUUGAGAAGGCAGAGAGUUUGGCACGAGGGGCAGCUCUGAAAUGGGCCUCGGGUAUUUUCUGUCGUCCUGACCAGCUGACGCACCUGGGCCAGUACCGGCGGCGGGAGACGCAGCGCAAUAACUCCAUACAGUCCCGGCUCAAGUCUGCGCUGCAGUCAUACCUGGAAGGGGUGGACCAUGGCUUAUCACAGCUUCAAGGGGCACUCUCAGAGGUUCGCCAUGUCCAGCAGGCCCUGUGUGAGGUGCAGGAAAUUUGGCGGAAGGGUGAAGGGACCCUCACCAAGCUAGAAUCCAUUCGGCAGCUGGUGAUGGAGCAUGUCCAGCUCUCUGUGGUCAUACAAAGCCUGCCGUACAUCUACGCUGUGCCAAAGCUGAUUGCGCAGACUCAAGAUCUAAUUAAGAACCAGCGUCUUCUAGAGGCCCACGUCAACCUCCGAGAACUAGAAGGCCUUAGAGAUGAUGUUUUGUACAGAUUACAGAAGGUUGGUCCCUUGGUCAACUCCACUGAUGAUCAGCCCAACACAGAAGCAGUAGAUUUGGUUCAGCAGUUUUUUUCGGGUGUUCAGGGUUUGAGCGAGGAGCUGGCUCAUACACUUUCCUCCCUGGGCAGAUCAGCAUUAGGGGUAGCCCGCUCUGACCCUUCUCUUUUAGUCUCUGCUGUCCGUAUCAUUGAACGAGAAGAAAUCCUGGAUGUUGAAGAGUUCAGAGGUUCCGUGCAGCAGCCCUGGAAGCCACCAGGACGACCCAAACACUGGAGAGAACUCUUCUUUCAUGCUUUGGAAAAAGGCAUGUGUGACCGACUAAUAGAGCGAGAGCUGCCACUGGAAAAUCUCAAUGCAGCGUAUCUGGCGAAUCAUUUAAAGGAACUUCAAGAUCGAGUGGUGGAAGAACUUCAUUGUGUGUGCUCAGUUCUGGUACCUUGUGUCCCGCCGCACUAUGACCUGGCUCGAGCCAUUGCCUUGAUGUGCCACCAUGGCAUUGCUCGUCACCUUCGUGAUCUCCUUAGCCAUGACCUUCCUCAUCCUGCCCUGUACCACGUUCUAAAUUGGAUGGCGACUGUUUACCCCAGCGAGAAUAUGAUGGGACACCACAACUUCUCAUCGGAGAUUGAUGUUUCUGAACUUGGAUCCCUCAUCCCCUCAGAAAUGUUGGAGGAACAGCUAAGUCGUUACACGCGCAGCAUGCGGGUCUGCAUCAGCCAGUGGAUACGCAAGGCGUUAGACGUGGAGUUCUCAGACUGGCUGCGGGAUCAGGAACCAGAUAAGGAACAGGACGGCUUCUAUCUGUCAACUUUCCAGCACAUCGUUAUGCAGAUGCUGAUGGAAAAUGUGCAGCUGGCAGCAGCUCUGGGGGAGAGUCUGGAGAAUCGGGUGAGGAACGCAAUGGUCUUUGAGAUGGAGAACUGUCUGGUCUGGCUGCGAGAGGCACUGGUGAAAUAUGGCAUCGAGCACAUGAAGGACAGGACAUAUCCCACCUACUACUCACAAUACCUGCUGGCCGUAAUCAAUGGAUGCUGUGCCUUAAGCUCCACGAUCUCACACUUGCAGCCAGAAGGGUCCGGGAGUCCUGCCUUCAGAAAAGUGGCACCCUGCUUACAGACAUCACUGGACAAGACGCAGAAGAAAGCCUGUCAUCUUUUGCUGGAUGACCUGCAGACCGAGCUACAGCCUCUAUUCAGGGACAUCCCCUCCCGACCCUGGCUGACGGGCUCCAAUAAUGUGCAUUUUAUAUGUGAAAAGAUGGAAGAUUACAGCCAGUAUCUGUGCAAGGCCAGAGCCCCAGCAUGCCAGUACCUGUUGGCGCAGACGGAGCGGAUGGUGACAAUCGAGUAUGUACGCGCUCUGAUGGACAGCAAGUUUGUAUGCCGAAGCCCUGAGGAGCGGCAGCAGGUUGCCCACAGGAUGGCUCUGGACGCAGAGGAGCUGAGAACAGUGCUGCACACCAUGGGUCUGGAGGAGUCGGCACUCUGUGUCCCCCUCAUUCACUCCCUCCAGGAACUUUUUGCCCUGAUGGACUCCUCACUGCUCAGUCUGGAGGUGUCAGGACUGAUGACAGCGUUCCCUGACAUAAGUGAUGAACACGUGUUGGCGCUGCUAGUUCUGCGGGGUGAUGUGACCCGGGAUCUUCGUCACACAGUCCUCAGCACCAUGCACCGCCAGGCGCUGACUCUUCCAGACGACUACCGGCCCAUCUUCAUAAGUAUCCCGGUCCCUGCCCGCGCGCCCUCGUUCUGCCUUCACCCGAGCUCCUGUGCCUGAGGUCCGGGCUGAUGCUGCCAUGUGUAUACGGCGCCCUCCUGUGGAAGCUUUUGUCCGGCCCCUGCAGACAGUCCUUACGGCGUCCCUUACAUUGUGAACCUCGAUGAUAAAGCUAAAAUAAAUAUUUUCUAGACCUC